AGGGGUCUCGGAGUGAGAGCGGUAGAGAGGGAGUGAGUGAGUGAGUGAGAGAGAGAGAGAGAGGGAGGGAGAGGGAGAUGCGUCCCCACCACCACAGCGCAGCACGCAAACACCAGUGUACAGAGUCUCCUCUCCGCGUUGUAUUGUGAAGUCUCAGCUAGAGGGGCGACCGACGAGCGGGAGAUAUACACACAUCACCACCACCACCACCACCGGCCACCACAUGUUUUCGCCGUCAGACACCCUCGUCCUCUCAUACAGUGUCGACUACCAUCCAGAAGAGACUAUUAUUUUCUAGACAGAGAGAGAGAACUCAAGGAAAGAGUCGCCGGAGAGAGCGCAGCGAGACGGGAGCGCAGUGGACGGAUUUAUGGCCACGACUCGCCUGUCAUACUGGAUGUAAAAGUCGCGAUUAUUUCUGCGAGAAUCGAGUUCAAAACCUGAUUGCGAAGAUGCUGACACUAAGGCUGUGAAUACCCUGCAUCUGAGCGAUCGGACCAGACCUGAAUCCCGUGGCUCUGUGAGCCAGCGCGCCACGAGGCUGCCAGUAGCAUGCAGGUGCCCAGCUGUCCCGCCAUGCGCAGAGCCGUAACCGGGCCGACGCCUGUGCCCAAGGUUCUGCUGCUGUCGCUGCUCCUGGCUCUGCUGAUGCACCUCACCAACGCUGAAUCACCACCAAAGUUCCUCAGAACCCCCAAUGACCAAACGGGCGUGCAAGGGGGCGUGGCCUCCUUCAUAUGCCAAGCCACGGGCGACCCACGACCCAAGAUCGUGUGGAACAAGAAGGGGAAGAAAGUCAGCAACCAGAGAUUUGAGGUGAUCGAGUUCGACGACGGCUCCGGCUCCGUGCUCAGAAUUCAGCCGCUGCGCACCCCCAGGGACGAGGCCAUCUACGAGUGCGUGGCCUCCAACAGUGUGGGGGAGGCCAGCGCCACCACCCGGCUCACCGUCUUACGGGAGGACCAGCUGCCCGCGGGGUUCCCUACCAUAGACAUGGGCCCCCAGUUGAAGGUGGUGGAGCGGACGCGCACCGCCACCAUGCUCUGCGCGGCCAGCGGCAACCCGGACCCCGACAUCUCCUGGUUUAAGGACUUCCUGCCCGUCAACACCACCAACAACAACGGCCGCAUUAAACAGCUCCGAUCGGGGGCCCUGCAGAUUGAGCAGAGCGAGGAAUCGGACCAGGGAAAGUAUGAAUGUGUGGCCACCAACAAUGACGGGACGCGCUAUUCUGCUCCCGCCAAUCUGUAUGUGCGAGUCCGUCGGGUCCCGCCGCGCUUCUCCAUCCCGCCCACGGACAACGAGAUCAUGCCGGGCGGCAGCGUCAACAUCACGUGCGUGGCGGUGGGCUCGCCCAUGCCCUACGUCAAGUGGAUGCUGGGCGCCGAAGACCUGACCCCCGAAGACGACAUGCCCAUCGGACGCAACGUGCUGGAGCUUACCGACGUGCGUCAGUCGGCCAACUACACGUGCGUGGCCAUGUCCACGCUGGGGGUGAUCGAGGCCGUGGCGCAGAUCACGGUGAAAGCGCUACCCAAGUCCCCGGGGGUUCCCGUGGUGACGGAGCGCACCGCCACCAGCAUCACGCUGACCUGGGACUCGGGGAACCCCGAGCCUGUGGCCUACUACAUCAUCCAGCACAAGUCCAAGUCGUCGGAGGACCUGUACAAGGAGAUCGACGGCGUGGCCACCACGCGCUACAGCGUGGGCGGCCUCAGCCCCUACUCGGACUACGAGUUCCGCGUGGUGGCGGUGAACAACAUCGGCCGCGGCCCGCCCAGCGAGGCCAUCGAGGCCAAGACGGCGGAGCAGGCGCCCAGCACGGCGCCCAGACAGAUCAGGGGUCGUAUGCUGAGCGCCACCACGGCGGUCAUCCACUGGGACGAGCCCGAGGAGGCAAACGGGCAGAUCAUGGGCUACAGGGUGUACUACACCAUGGACUCCAACCAGCAUGUCAACGUGUGGGAGAAGCAGAUCGUCCGGGGGUCCAACUUCGUCACCAUCCAGGGCUUGAUACCCAACAAGACCUACUUCAUCAAGGUGCUGGCCUACACCUCUGUGGGCGACGGACCUCUCUCUCCUGACCUGCAGAUCAUCGCCAAGACCGGAGUUCCUUCACAGCCGACAGACUUCAAAGGAGAAGCCAAGUCAGAAACAAGCAUUUUAUUGUCCUGGAUCGCCCCAGCGCAGACAGGGCAGGACAACCAGAUCCUGGGGUACGAACUGCUGUACAAGAAGAGGGACGACAAGGAGGAGAAACGGAUCAGCUUCGAGCCCACCACGUCGUACCUCCUGAAGGACCUGAAACCCUUCACCACGUACACCUUCCAGCUCGCCGCGCGGAGCAAGCAUGGCGAUGGGGCGUACACCAACGAGAUAUCGGCCGAAACACCACAAACACAGCCCUCAGGCUCUCCCCAAGACGUCAGGUGCAGCAGCACCAGUUCCACCAGCAUCGUGGUGGUCUGGGGCCCACCGCCCAUCGAGGAUCAGAACGGGAUCAUAACAAAGUACACUGUUCACUACUGGACCCCGGACGGAGAGGACACCACCACGCACGACUCCUCGGACAUUCCUCCGGAAAACCCGACGUACCUUCUGGAAAACCUGGAGAAAUGGACGGAAUACAGCGUGACUGUCACUGCUCACACGGAUGUCGGAGCCGGACCGGAAAGCUUGCCCCGGCUCGUACGGACAGAGGAGGACGUUCCCAGCGGGCCACCUCGUAAAGUUGAGGUGGAGGCUGUCAACUCCUCGUCAAUUAAAGUGAUGUGGCGCUCGCCCAUGCCCACCAAGCAGCACGGUCAGAUCCGAGGGUACCAGGUGCACUAUGUCAGGAUGCUUAAUGGGGAGCCCAUGGGACAGCCAGUCAUCAAGGACAUGUUGAUCGAUGACGCCCAGUGGGAAUAUGAUGAUUCAACUGAACACGAAAUGAUCAUCACAGAGCUACAAGCUGAGACCACCUACUCAGUGGCUGUCGCUGCCUACACAACCAAAGGCGACGGAGCCCGUAGCAAGCCCAAACUCAUCACAACCACUGGGGCAGUUCCCGAUAAACCCCGGCUCAUGGUCAGCACCACCAACAUGGGCACGGCCCUGCUCCAAUGGCACCCCCCGGCCGUCACCCACGGCCCCUUGCAAGGCUACCGCCUCCGCUUCGGCCGCAAAGACGUGGACCCCCUGACGGUGAUCGAGUUCCCCGAGCGUGAGAACCACUACACCACCAAGGAGAUCCACAAGGGCGCCUCGUACACCUUCCGCCUCUCCGCCCGCAACAAGGUGGGCUUCGGCGAGGAGACGGUCAAGGAGGUGACCACCAACGAGGACGUUCCCGGCGGCUACCCUCAGAGCAUCUCUGCCGAGGGGGGCACCACCACCACCAUUCAGGUGAGCUGGAAGCCGCUGCUGCUGGCAGAGCGCAACGGCAACGUGGUGAAGUACGCGCUGCAGUACAAGGACAUCAACAGCCCGCGCAGCCCCUCCGAGCUCUUCAUCACCGCGCCCGAGUCCACCGUCGUCCUGGACGGCCUACGACCCGACACCACUUAUGAUAUCAAAAUGUGUGCCUUCACCAGCAAGGGCCCCGGGCCAUAUAGCCCCAGUGUGCAAUUCAGAACACAGCCACUGGAUCAAGCAGUGUUUGCAAAAAACUUCCACGUGAAGGCCGCCACUAAGACGUCGGUGCUGCUCACCUGGGAGAUCCCCGAGAACUACAACCCGGCCCAGCCCUUCACCAUCCUGUACGACAACGGGCAGAGCGUGGAGGUGGACGGUAAGAUCACCCAGAAGCUGAUCACGGGGCUCCAGCCGGAGACCCAGUACUCCUUCCUCCUCACCAACCGGGGGAACAGCGCCGGGGGGCUGCAGCACCGCGUCUCCACCAUGACCGCCCCCGACAUCCUGCGGACCAAGCCCAACCUGGUCGGCAAGACCAACUCCGACGGCAUGGUGACCGUCCAGCUGCCGCCCGUGCUGACCACCGAGAAAGUCAGGGGAUACUACAUUGUGGUGGUCCCGCUUAAGAAGCAGCGAACGGGCAAGUUCUUCAAACCCUGGGACAACCCGGACGAGAUGAACCUUGAGGAGCUGCUGAAAGAGAUCAACCGCACGAGCAGGGGACUGCGCUUCCAGCGCCAGAUCGAGCCCCGAGCCUACAUCGCCGCCUACUUCAAGGACCUUCCCACCGAGUUCACCCUGGGUGACGACAAGACCUACGGAGACUUUGAGAACAAGCAGCUCCAGAACGGCCAUGAGUACAUCUUCUUUGUGCUGGCCAUCCUGGAGAUGUCUGAGAACACGAUGUAUGCCACCAGCCCCUACUCCGAUCCUGUUGUGUCAGCUGAUAUCGACCCUCAGCCAAUCGUGGAUGAGGAGGAAGGGCUUAUUUGGGUGGUGGGCCCAGUGCUGGCCGUGGUCUUCAUCAUAUGCAUUGUCAUAGCAAUCCUCCUCUACAAAAGGAAAAGGGCAGAAUCCGAAGCUAGGAAAGGAAGCCUCCCCAACAGCAAGGAAAUGCCCUUACAUCAUCCCACUGAUCCUGUGGAGCUUCGACGUCUCAACUUCCAGACACCCGGUCUGGGUGCUCCCGGUUACCUCAGUAACCUCCAUUUGUCAAGCAUGGCCAGCCACCCCCCCAUCCCCAUCAUGGAGCUGGCUGACCACCUGGAGCGCCUGAAGGCCAACGACAACCUAAAGUUUUCGCAGGAGUACGAGUCCAUCGACCCUGGCCAACAGUUCACGUGGGAACACUCCAACCUGGAAGUGAACAAGCCGAAGAACAGAUAUGCUAACGUGAUAGCAUAUGACCACUCCAGGGUGUUGCUGACAGCGAUCGACGGCAUUCCAGGCAGCGACUACAUCAACUCGAACUACAUAGACGGCUACAGGAAGCAGAACGCCUACAUCGCCACGCAAGGCGCCCUGCCCGAGACGUUCGGAGACUUCUGGCGAAUGAUUUGGGAACAGAGGAGCGGCAACAUCGUCAUGAUGACCAAGCUAGAGGAGCGGUCACGGGUAAAAUGCGACCAGUACUGGCCGACGAGAGGAACAGAGACCUACGGGCUGAUACAGGUGACGCUGCUGGACACGGUGGAGCUCGCCACCUACUGCGUCCGAACGUUUGCACUUUACAAAAACGGCUCCAGCGAGAAGCGGGAGGUGAGGCAGUUCCAGUUCACUGCCUGGCCCGAUCACGGCGUGCCCGAGCACCCCACCCCCUUCCUGGCCUUCCUCCGGCGGGUAAAAGCCUGCAACCCCCCAGACGCAGGGCCCAUGGUGGUGCACUGCAGCGCUGGCGUGGGUCGCACUGGCUGCUUCAUCGUCAUCGACGCCAUGCUGGAGCGCAUCAAGCAUGAGAAGACGGUGGACAUCUACGGCCACGUGACGCUGAUGCGGGCCCAGAGGAACUACAUGGUGCAGACGGAGGACCAGUACGUCUUCAUCCACGAUGCCCUGCAGGAGGCCGUCAACUGCGGCACCACGGAGGUGCCGGCCAGGAACCUGUUCGCCUACAUCCAGAAGCUCACGCAGAUCGAGGGCGGGGAGAACAUCACGGGCAUGGAGCUGGAGUUCAAGCGUUUAGCCAACACGAAAGCCCAUACGUCCCGAUUCAUCAGUGCCAAUCUCCCCUGCAACAAGUUCAAGAAUCGCCUGGUGAACAUCAUGCCAUACGAGUCCACGCGGGUCUGUCUGCAGCCCAUUCGAGGAGUCGAGGGCUCCGACUACAUCAAUGGCAGCUUCAUUGAUGGAUAUAGGCAACAGAAGGCCUACAUCGCCACACAGGGCCCCCUGGCGGAGACCACCGAGGACUUCUGGAGAAUGCUGUGGGAGCAUAACUCCACCAUUGUGGUCAUGCUUACCAAGCUCAGGGAAAUGGGCAGAGAAAAAUGUCACCAGUAUUGGCCAGCAGAGAGGUCGGCCAGAUACCAGUACUUUGUAGUGGACCCGAUGGCCGAGUACAACAUGCCCCAGUACAUCUUGAGAGAAUUCAAAGUCACCGACGCCAGGGACGGACAGUCGCGGACAGUGAGGCAGUUCCAGUUCACGGACUGGCCUGAGCAAGGAGUGCCAAAAUCGGGAGAAGGCUUCAUCGAUUUCAUUGGCCAGGUCCAUAAAACGAAAGAGCAGUUUGGCCAAGAUGGGCCAAUCUCGGUCCACUGUAGUGCCGGUGUUGGCAGGACCGGCGUCUUCAUCACUCUUAGCAUCGUCUUGGAAAGAAUGAGAUACGAGGGCGUGGUAGACAUCUUUCAGACGGUCAAAAUGCUCCGGACACAAAGACCAGCUAUGGUGCAGACAGAGGAUCAAUACCAGUUCUGUUACAGAGCGGGCUUGGAGUACCUGGGGAGUUUUGACCACUAUGCAACGUAAGAGAGAAGAGGCACAUCGCAGAGGCCUCUCCCCUCUCUCUCUCUCGUCGCUUCGGAAAAAGAAAAAAACCCAGUCAGCCUCUCUUCUGAGCCAUAGAAUCCUGCUUGAGAACAAACAAUUACUUCUUAACGCCCUCCUUUCCUAGCCGACCCCCCCCCCC